CACACGCCAACGUGUUUGAUGUAGAUUGUUUUUCUUCGUCAGUUCUCACAGCAAUGGCUUCAUUAAAUUGCGACACCAAUCAACAAAACCGAGAUUGACACCUCGUUGUUUUUCUUGGUGGGAUGCGCCAUGCCCCAUGACAACGCCAGCCCCGGUAGCUAUUUAUGUUGAUCCUUUUUGUUCAUUGUUGAAUUCUUCUCUCCAAUAAAAAAAUACGAAGGGAAAGCGACAAGCUAGACCCUAUGGUAGUACCUAUUCCAUCUUCCCAACCAAUCCUUUUAACAGGCCGAAUAGAUUUGACUUCAUUUGAGAGAGCAGAAGCAAUUCUUUUUUCAGACUUUAGAGAGAGAGAGAGUGAGAGGAAGCAAAGCAAGAAAAUAAAUCCAUGGAAGUCUACCCAACGCCAUAGACACGAAAAGGAACUUGGUGCAGAAUUCCGCGCAAUGAAUUGUUUCUUCUACUUUAAGGACAAAUCCAGAGGCAGGGAACAAAGAUCAGCACCAGAGUUGAAAGAGCAAAGAAAAUCCGAUUAUUCUGGAGCUGAUAGGGUCAGUAAGUCUUCAUGCUCGGCGUCUUCCCCGCGAGGUAUACCACAACUGUAUGAGGAAAAGGCUCAUGGUUUGCGUGUCUUCUCAUACUCGGAGCUCAGACAAGCAACAAAUGAUUUCAAUAGGCUUCUUAAGAUUGGGGAAGGUGGAUUUGGGAAUGUGUACAAAGGUUCAAUCAAGCCUGCAGAGGGAAAAGGCGAUCCAAUUGUGGUUGCAAUUAAAAAGCGGAAUGAGGAUGGUUUACAGGGCCACAAACAGUGGGUGGCAGAAGUUCAAUUUCUUGGUGUUGUGGAGCACCCUAAUCUCGUCAAACUCAUAGGAUACUGUGCUACUGAUGGGAGAAGAGGAAUCCAGCGAUUACUUGUUUAUGAAUACAUGGCAAAUAAAAGCUUAGAGGAUCAUCUUUUCAAUAAGGCACGUGCAGCUCUUUCUUGGAAAACAAGAUUACAGAUAGUCCUGGGAGCAGCUCAAGGACUAGCUUAUCUGCAUGAGGGAUUGGAAGUUCAGGUAAUUUUCCGAGAUUUCAAAACAUCCAAUGUGUUGUUGGAUGAGAAUUUUGAACCAAAGCUUUCAGACUUUGGGCUUGCUAGGGAGGGGCCAAUGGCUGGGCAAAGUCAUGUUUCAACAGCUGUGGUUGGAACUUACGGAUAUGCUGCUCCAGAUUACAUCGAGACUGGUCAUCUGACAACUAAGAGUGAUGUUUGGAGUUUUGGAGUUGUACUAUUUGAGAUUCUUACAGGCAGGAGAUCAUUGGAAAGAAACCGCCCAAGGGCAGAACAGAAACUUCUGGAAUGGGUGAAACAGUUCCCUGCUGAUAGUAAAAAGUUCAGCUUGAUAAUGGACCCUCGACUGGAAAACGAUUAUUCUAGUAGUGCAGCUCGAAAAAUUGCAAAGUUAGCAGACAAUUGUUUAUUGAAAAGUGCUAAAGAUCGGCCAACGAUGAGUCAAGUUGUAGAGAGAUUGAAGCAGAUAAUUGAACUAUCCGAGGAUGGUAACCCUUCUGAGAAAAGUCUCGAGUCCUUUGAAAAUGAUCCAGUUGAUUCGGAAAAGAAGAGGAAUCAAAUGGGGCCCUCAGAAUCAUGGAAAAGGCGGAUGACCCAACUGUCAAAACUGGGUGAGCAUGUGGAGGGAGCAAGUAGAAGAAGAUUUAUGAUAAUGCAGAGGGCCCAAGUGCCUUAAUAGCUUUAUUCCCCCUGCCAAGAAUCAUUUUUGUCCAAUUUUAGGGUUUCAUGGCUGUUAAUAGUGAAAAAUCUUGGACAGAAACACAUCGGAUGAGAUAGAAAGUAUGUUAGAUUAUGGUUUUUUGUUUUUGUACAGGUUACUGUUGGUGAAACAUAUUAUGGCAGGCUAUGUUUCCUUA